AUGUGUGAUAUAUUAGAAAAUGAAGAAAUAGAUAAGGAUACGGUGGAAGCAGAUGAACUAGACAAGUUUUUUAGUAAAACGUAUAGUUUACUUACAGAAACUGCGGUAACGCUGAAGAAAAGUUAUAUUACCAAAUUAAAAGUUACGAAAUCAUUAAAUAUAGCUGUGGGUCUAGAUGACAAUAGCAUAGAAGUUUAUAAUUUAGAUAAAUCAUCUUUAUCAAAAGUCUGCAGGCUCAGUGGUCAUGAGAAAGCUCUCACAGAAGUUGUAUUUAGUCCACAAGAAGAUUAUUUAUUAUAUUCAGCUGGCCAUGACGGUAUUAAGUUAUGGGACACAAGGACAGGUGGAACAUGUGUUCAAAAAUAUGAAGAUGAAGAAGAUUCACCAUCAAGGCCAUAUGAUGCAAUGGAUGUUUCAUGCACUGGUAGAGUGAUUUGUGCGGGAAGUCAGCUAGUUCAAGAAGAUGCGUUUCUUGUAUUCUGGGACAACAGAGCCCUACAACCUUUGGGUGGAUAUUGGAAUUCACAUACUGAUGAUAUUUCACAGGUAAAAUUUCAUAAGGACAAAACUGAAAUCUUAGCAACUGGAUCUCUGGAUGGCCUUCUCAAUAUUUUCAAUAUACUAGAGACUACAGAAGAUGACGCUCUCACAUACUCACUGAAUGUUGAGAACUCUAUAGAAAAGAUUACCUGGUUGAAUGACAGUCUAGUGUCUUGUAUCACACAAUCAAAUGACUUGCAGCUGUGGGAUGCAUCCACUGGCGAUUUAAUUAAAAGUUAUGGCAGAGAUAAAGUGGCUCGAAGUAUUAAGAGACUUAGAGGUGAUGAUUGCUACUUGGUGGACACAUACAAAUCGAAAGAUGACAAGACGGUGAUACUGGCUGGCUCCUACGGAGGAGAUGGGAAUGUUCUGCGAUCAGUCACAGAAGCUGGCAAGAAACUGCAACCCACCACUAACUUUGCCAAAAACAAGCAGAUAGUUAGAUGUUGCUCAUAUGAUGAAGAAAAGGACGUAUUAAUAACGGCGGGCGAGUCCGGCUUCGUCACCGUGUGGGGCGCAGCCGCCGCCGCGGCGGGCGCGGCCGGAGAGAGGGUCCCCACAGGGCUCCGGCUGCACGACAACAGACAUAAACCUUAC